UUCAACGCAGGAAAAUACAUUUCUACGAGUAAAAUUGCUAAGAUCCUGCUCUUUUAAACGAGGUCCCAUAUAUAUCUUCAUGAAGAAAUAUAAUAAAAAAUGAAGGUGAAUAUGUAAAUGCUGAUAGGACAAAAAGAAAACACUUGCACUUACAUGCAAGAGUCUCGUGGGCAGCAUAUUACUGGAAAUUUUAAAAAAGGACAUGUCUGCAGAUAUUCCAAAGGAUAAAAAACUAUUAAGGCACUGGUCAAUGGAUUUAUCAAGUGAGCUAGAGCCAAAUUCACGUAACAUGAUUGACACCGACGCUCAAUCACAAAAAGACAACUGCAAUGCGUACACGGUACAAAUCCCGGUGGUCAAUCACUCUACAAGCAACAAUUUUGUGAACACAGAUAACAGUGGCAUUAACCAUGUGGAUAACAGUCGGAUUGUCCAACAUUCAUCAUCAAACAGUUUUAGCACAAACCCUCUUCUUUUCCCUCUUCUGUUAAAUACUAAUUUGAUCCAAGGACAGCUCCAGUCUGAUGUUGCAAGUGAACCCCUGGCACAAAAUCAGAGUGGUCCGCAAGCAGUUUUGUCCAGAGCCCUGCUACAGAACCCUGGGCAGCAGGAGCAGCUGAUCAGAUAUCAGGUAGAAAACCUCCAGAGACUGGUUCAGGAACAGAACAAGCUUAUUUCACUUAUAAAUCCAGGUCUUGUGUUGUCCCCAGCAUUGUCACCACAGUUACUGGGCCUGGCACCCGGCUUGUUUCCAGGGUUAGGCACCACUUCUUUAGCAGUAACCACCACACAUUCCAAGGAAAACACACCCAGCCUGGCAACUCCACCUUCUUUAGAAAACAACAGUCCCUUGGAAUCAACAGAACUUUCUCCACUGGAUCAAACCACAGAUGAGAACAUUCCAGAAAAGGAGGAGGCCCAGCCACGGAAUCUGUCACCUAUUAAAGAAGAAAGUGGAGAACAAGCUGACGAGCAGUGUCCUGUGAGCCCCUUUGGGAUGAGAAGAAGACAAUCUAUAAACCCAGAGGAGAGACCUAUUAGACCAGGAGUUGGGGUGAGGCAGAAAACGUUUGAAGAAUUUGUUGAAGAGCAGAUUAAAGUGGAUUCUGAAGAUAAAAAGCAGUUGCAGUAUGGGCAGUCGCAGUGUGAGCCCUCCCAAGAUGACUGGACCCUCAGCUCUGCCCUGGUAGGACAGGUGAGAGGACAAAACAGCCACCAUACCCAUCCAGUCCAUGCCUUAGUGUUGAAUAUACUUUAUGAUUUGGAAGAAGUCAAAGUGUUACCAAAGAAGUCAUUCCUGAAGCGGGGAGAGGGCAUAUCCCGGAUAGAGAAAAGCAAGGAAAAUCUUCUGAAAGAACAGAGGAGAGCCCCCCAAGCCCAGUUACCUAAACAAGUGGGUUUUACCAACCAGCACCGGCACUCUUUGCCCACCCUACAAGACACUGAGAAGUUUCAGGUGAGGAAGAGGCCUGUUUUGAUCAGGCAAAUCAGCAGCCCAAAUGUGAUGGUUUCAAGAGGGAAAAGGGUAAUCCCCACUCAUGAUUACAAAGCAGAGGCCAUGGACACUGAGUAUCAGCAUUCAAGUAAGGAAUUUGCACAGCACUUGAAGGAUAAAAAGACAACGCAAAACCAAGCAGGCAUAAAUAAUAAAGUAAUGGAUGAAAAACCUGCUAGUAGAGGAACCCUGAGGUCCAGAAGUUUUAGCCUGGAAGUCCCUGAAAGCUUGGUUUUCUGCUUGACUGAAAAAGAGAACAAACAGAAAAUGGACAAGCACAAAACCUCGAAAGAGUCACCAAAAGCACAGCUGUCUGUCACAAAAGAGGUUAGAUGCCAGGGUCUAGCAACAGAGAAACAGAGUUCUGAUCACAGUUAUGGUACUCAGCCUUACAGAAUUGGACCAAACAUUGGGUUCAAGAAAAUCAAUGACCGGAUUGUCAAGGUUGCUGAUGGAGCAGCUCAGUCAAGUGAAAGUGGGAGUGAGAAAAGUGUAAAGGACUUGCAGGAUGCCAGGCAGGUCUGUGAAACCAAGGUGAUGAAGUCUGAGCCCCCUUCCAGUAACAGUGACAGAACCAGCAGCGAGGAUGACCCCAAGUCUCAGUGCCAUGAGCUUCCAACCAAGGAGAUUCCACAGACGCUGGGUCACCUCGAUCGGAACUUGGACCUGUCUGAUGAUGACUAUGCCAGUGACGCACCUAGUGGAUUAGAAGAUGUAGUAUCCAGAAACUACACCCCCCGGAAUUUAACACUCCUAAUUGAGUCCUCCAGCACAAGCAGCAGUGAGGACAGCGACAAUGAACUGGUGAACUUUCAGUGGAAUAAGACCACAGCUUCAUCUCGAGCAUCUUCAUAUCAGCGCAGUAGGUCAGCAGGGAAGGAGAAGGCAGGAAAGAUUGGAGCAAUGCCAGAGGACAAGAGCGACACCAGUGCAAAGGCAUACCUGCAACCGCCGUCUACUUCUGAUCUGGUAGCGAACCUCUUCCCUGGUUUUAAAACAAAGGCAAAGGUACAAUCCCAAAGCAACGUUGCAGUGGAGUCCACGAGUACUGAGAGUAAUGCCUCUAAACAUGACACUGAAGUUUGGCACUCAGAGAUGGACUACCACCGUAGUAAUAAUUCUGUACUGGACAACAUGAAGGAGGAACAGGAGAGAGCAAUGCAACUUCUCAGACGUAAGAUGGAUCAUUUUGAGCUGGAGAAGUGUGAAGAACAACAUCCUCUGGAAGAAUGCAAGAAACAAGAGAUGAAAAAAAGGGAGAUCUUAAAAAAACUGUCAGCCACACCAACUCCAGAGAAAAAUGAUAACGAGGAAUUCCAAAUAUUAAAGCAGCAGAUUACCGCACUGCAGCAAGAGUUUAAAAAGAAGGAGACUCGCUGGUCCACUGCCCACGGCCGGCUGAGAGACCAGGUGGAGGCCCUGGCCAAGGAGAACCUGGAGCUGAGAGACGAGCUCAAGCUAUCGGAGAGACACCGGCGGGAAGCAAUGAAGAAAGUGGAGGUGACCUCUAUCCCCAGCAGGAAGUCAGAAACACAGGUUUCUGAAGCAAUACUGAUGGGCACAGUUCAUGUGAGAAGGGAAGAUAGGCCACCAGCUGGCCAUAAGAGUCGCAGCUCCACUCCUGUUGGGAGGAAGACACCAUUUGAGAGACAGGCUGCUGUAGAGCCUCAGGCAAAGGUUGAAGAAAAGAGUGAAAUUGUGAAAAUAGCAGUCAGGGAUUCAAGGGAUAAGAAUGUUUCUCAAUCGCAAAGUGCUCCACCACCCGGACGGAGGACUCCCCAACCCAGGCCUUUGGACACAGAAGCAGCAGUCCAUCGGUUUGUAACGAGUCUUCUAAGAUCAAAGGACAGAAUGUCACCUGUGCCAAACCUAAAUGUUGGAAGGCAGAACAAUGCACACAAUUCUGCUAAAGGAAGGCUUUCUUCGCAUUCGGGAAGUUCAGAGGACGCUCCAGACACACGUGCAAGAAAUCAAGAAAAGCACAACUCUAAAUCCCAGAGCAGCAACGAUGAAGCAGGGACAGUGUCAAGAUCUCGAGAGAGGCCAGCAUGUGUAAUGGAACGCAGAAGCCGCAGUGCAACUCCGAGUGGCAGAAAGACACCAUCAUCUGGAAAAGUGACUCUUGAGGCUGAGUAUAAGGAAGUAAGACCAAAACCAGUGUUGUCAGGAAGAGCAUCACCUUAUGUGAGCAGCAAGGGCAAUGACAGUGAAAUCCGAGAAGAAACACACUAUCCAGAUGGAAAGACUGAGCAGGUGCUUGCCAGUGGCCAUCGAAUUAUCACCUUCCGGAAUGGAACAAAGAAGGAAAUCGACGCAGAUGGCAAAUCAGUUACAGUCACUUUCUUCAAUGGGGAUGUGAAAAAAAUGAUGUCUGAUGAGAGGGUGAUUUAUUACUAUGCUGAUGCCCAGACAACUCAUACAAUGUAUCCCAAUGGCCUAGAGGUAUUGCAAUUUCCAAAUAACCAGAUUGAAAAGCAUCACCCGAAUGGUACAAAGGAAAUAAUAUUCCCGGAUCAGACAGUUAAACACCUUUAUACUGAUGGCCGUGAAGAAAGUGUCUUUCCUGACGGUACUGUGGUGAAGCUUGAGAAGAAUGGAGAAAAGAUUGUUAUAUUUAACAAUGGGCAGCGAGAGAUCCAUACUUCACAGUACAAGCGCAGAGAGUAUCCCGAUGGAACUAUCAAGACAGUUUAUUCUAAUGGUCGACAAGAAACAAAGUAUUCUUCUGGAAGGUUUCGGAUAAAAGACAAAGAAGGCAAUAUUAUCCUUGAUAAAAAAUGAUGUGAACAAGCACAUAAUGCUGAAAAAAAAUGAAGUAGCUCCUCAGCUUUUAAUUUUGCAACAUCAAGUAAUUAUAUCAUAUAAGACCACCUGCAUGUAAAUCAUACGUUUUAACCUAAACCGUUUAAAAAAAAAAAAAGAUUCAUUGUUAUUCAUGUAUGUUAAUAAUUCUUCAC